ACGAGGAACACGUGAAGGCAUCAUUUUCUUCUGCAUACGAGGAGCCAGCUUCCUGGUGUGGACUCAUAAUAAUGGACUGUUGAGAGAGGGAGAGAGUAGACAGCUCUCGGUGUGAUCUGCGGCGAUAGUGACCAGUAAGGACACCGACUUCAGUCUGAGGAAUGUCAGACAUAAACAAAUCUGCAGAGGAUGGUGGAGCCUUCUCCUCGAAGGUCAUAAACAUUGUGUUUAUCACACUGCUGUUGGACCUGCUGGGAUUUACACUGAUUCUACCUCUACUACCAUCCAUUUUAGACCAUUAUGCACAAACCGGGGAUGGCGUAUAUCAGUCUCUGCAGAGUCUUGUGGACUUGUUUAGGGAGGCCUUGGGGAUCCCUAUGGAAGAAAAAUACAACAGUGUCCUGUUUGGAGGUCUGAUAGGGUCGCUGUUCUCACUGCUGCAGUUCCUGUCAUCACCUGUAACCGGAGCCCUGUCUGACCGUUAUGGUAGGCGGCCCCUGCUCAUUCUUACCACAUUGGGGCUGAUGUCCUCCUAUGCGGUCUGGGCCGUUUCCCGGAGCUUCAGCAUGUUCCUUUUGUUUCGAGUAAUUGGUGGCAUUUGUAAGGGCAACGUCAGCCUCUGCACUGCCAUCGUUGCCGACUUGCCUUGCCCAAAAGCACGGAACAGAGGAAUGGCUAUGAUCGGCAUCGCCUUCUCCCUAGGCUUCACUGUGGGCCCGUUGAUGGGAGCCUACUUUGCCCUCCGCUCCAGAACAACGGGAAAUGUCUUCUACCAAACUCCAGCUCUGCUCGCCUUGGCCUUCAGUGUUGCUGACCUGCUCUUUAUUUGGGUCAUGAUGCCAGAGACGCUCACAAAGGAUGCCAAGGCUUCAUCUUCUAAGUUUGGGGACUCCAGUGACUUUCUCAACCCGUUAUCGUUGUUCCAUUUUUCAGCUGUUAGCAGAACAAAAGAUCCACCUCCAAAACAAAGAAUGCAGAAACUUCAAGCGUUGGGUCUGGUUUAUUUCUGCUACCUCUUCCUGUUCUCUGGUCUGGAGUUCACUCUGAGUUUUCUGACUCACCAACGCUUCCACUUUACAAGUAUGCAGCAGGGAAAGAUGUUCUUCUUCAUCGGUGUCAUCAUGGCCUCCAUACAGGGGGGUUAUGCUCGCAGAAUCAAACCUGGGCAGCAUAUCAGGGCUGUUCAAGUGGCAAUCAUUGCAUUAAUCCCAGCGUUUAUCCUCAUUGGGCUCUCAUGGAAUAUUACAAUGCUUUACGUUGGAUUGGCGUUAUACUCAUUUGCGGCUGCAAUAGUUGUCCCAUGCCUGUCUACACUUGUUUCUGACCACGGGUCAGCCAAUCAGAAGGGCACAGUGAUGGGGAUUCUGCGAAGUUUGGGCGCUCUGGCCAGAGCACUGGGACCAGUUGUAUCAUCCUCUGUAUACUGGAUAGCUGGAGCUCAGAUCUGCUUUCUCCUUACAUCGGCCUCUUUCAUUAUUCCUCUGGCUCUCCUGAGAACAGCCAGCAGGCUAAAGGAGGAGUGAAAGACUGAUUGCAGACAUUUUUUAUGUUUGAAUUAAUGUUAUAAUGUUUACAUCGGCUGGGAGAAAAAGCAUUAAUGUCUUACUCUGAUACAUACAAACAUAAUAAUGAGAUGUAUACCCUUUGCACUGUUUGCAAAGUAUCCUCACAUGAAAUAAAUCUUUCAUGAUGCAGAUGCCAAAAACCAAGUACUAAUAUUAAACAAAUUACAUUUUACCUUUUGAAUGUGCACAUGUAUGUGGGUUACAGAGAACAACUAUGCUUGUAGAUAUUUUUUUAUAAUGCAUUUUUUAAGAAUUCACAAGCAGCAUUGUACUUUAAAGUUGAAUUAUUUUAUGUUUUUCUUAUUGUUUUGGAUAUAUAUUGUAUCACACUUCUUCUUUUUUAAUAAACUUUCAUUUAGUAUU